CAACACACGCCGACCCAGGCGGCCUGAGGAUUGGUCUCCCCGCACGUCACUCGCGUCUGCGGGGGCGGGAGCAGGAAAAUCGAGCCAGUGUUCUAGUUUUUCCACCUCUCUCACACAGAUGCUGCUGCUGGGUGUUAUUGUCUUGUUCACCUGUCUCACUGCUGGCCGACAUCACUGGCUGCUCUUGUUCACUUUAUUACGGUCGUCCAUCUGCACAGGCGGCUGCGGCUUGUUGGUAAACACGGAUCGGAUCCCGCCGGCAAGGACUCCCUCUGGUGCAUUGAUGCACCCGUUUCAGUGGUGUAACGGGUGCUUCUGUGGUCUGGGACUGGUUUACUCCAACAAGUCGUGCACCAUGCCGCCCAUCACCUUCCAGGACCUGCCCCUCAACAUCUACAUGGUCAUCUUUGGCACAGGCAUCUUUGUCUUCAUCCUGAGCCUAAUCUUCUGCUGUUACUUCAUAAGUAAACUACGACACCAAGCCCAGAGUGAGCGGUUUGGAUACAGAGAGGUAGUUUUAAAAGGAGAUCCAAAAAAGUUGAAUCUUCAUGGGACGUGUGCCGUGUGUCUGGAGGACUUCAAAGUGAAAGACGAGCUGGGAGUGUUGCCAUGCCAACAUGCUUUCCACAGGAAGUGUCUUGUAAAGUGGCUGGAGGUGCGCUGCGUCUGCCCCAUGUGCAACAAACCCAUAGCCGGCCCCCCUGAGCAGCACCACAGCAUAGGGACUUUGCUGGAUGAACUGGUGUAAUCUAGGGACCCCUGCCAGCUCUUGGAGGGACGCCGGCGCCCGGCCAAACCAGCUGGCUUAAGUUAGCAACCAACAGGAUGGGGGACCACAGUUUUGCUGUUAAAACAGCAGUGAAACACCAACAUGAUGAUAGUAAGUUGGGGUAACCUAGUUACCACCCGGAGAAAGACUCUGAAGGAUGCUGUUGCCUAGCAACCAUCCCUGAGAUGGCAACACAACACCUUGUGGUGUCUGAGAGAUUAUCUGCAGCCACCCACACAUCACUCCACCACUCUUCUUUUAACAUCCCCCUCUACACCCGUUCCUUCACAUCUUCUCUUGUUGCCUCGAGUGAGGUUAAUGGCACCACUGAAGUGGAGGAGACACAGUUGCAUUUUCCACAGCAGUGUGGAAAGAAAUUAGUGUGAAAGGAUGAGAGAGCGCUGGGUAGGAGUCACUGAUCCUCUCUUGAGCAUGUAUGAGUGUUGUAUGUUGUGGUGGGCAGUGAUGAUGUGAUUUCAGUGUUGGCCGAGGUUAUUGAAACUCUGAUGGAAAUGAUGUUUUGAGAUGAAGCAGCAGGCAAAUUGAUAUUUUUCAGCUCAGAUAGCCCCGGCAGUAGCACAAGGACGUGUUGACAGAGGUUACACUGCAAACAAGACAGUAAAUUCUCAGAGUUUAUGAAAAGGACAGACUGAACAAAGCUGUCUGGAGCUGGCUAUAAGAGGAGGAAGUUCUAUAGAACAUAAAGAAAUUUGAUUCAAUCUGGUUUUACAGAAAUAAAAAAGUUUGUUUUGAAAAUAUUUGGUAAACUGAAAUGACACUGGUCAAAGUUAAAGAUGGGUUCACACCUCUUUAGUAGGACCUAAAUGACUCAUUCCAAGUGUAGCAAGUUAACCAGUGUUUUCAUGAAAUUAGAGCCUUUCACACACACCGACUAAUUGUUUGCGGACGUGUGCAACUGAUACUGAUGUGUAAAAUCCAUUUUGUGGCCCACCUCUAAUAUUAUGUACAGUAGAUCCUACAUACUGUACAUGCUCCACUGGGAUGUUUUAUUGUUCGGACAUGUUUUAAUUGUGUUAUUCUUGACGGCAGGAACGGCCUCCUCCUGCCUCUCACUGUUCUGGUUCUUUGUUGAAAUAUGUUGAAGAUUUCUUAGGUAUUGCACUUUGAAUUCACACAAAAAAAAAAACUGUUUCCAUGCCUUUUUUUCUUAUGAAAUGUUAAGACCUCGGCUCAGAUGCACCACACAAGGUCACUUGUUUUCAGGUGUGGUGAAUCUUUUAUCGAGUCUACGAAGUAUCAGAGAUGCUGCUGCGUCUGAAGAUAAAGGAAACAGCAGUAGAGACUUUUAGUGUUGUUCUGUGAAUUCAUCUGGGAAGAAACUACAUCUCACUUUUGUUCACAGCAUUUUGUGGCAUUAUUGCUGGUGAUUCUGUUUUACAUUCCAUGGUUGUAGGUUGUUUUUUGUUUUUUUGUGGUUUACAGUGAUUCAGAAAUCAUAAGCAAAACACUGCCUAAAUUGAGCACAAACCUCACGAAGCACAUUGUCCAGACACAGUGGGCACCUGCACUGUAAUUAAAAGGCAAACACACAAGCGAGGUGAGUCUGUGUGCAAAGAAAAAAGAAGAAAUGGAGAACGAGAGAAAUGUGUCUAUCCUGUUGCGUUUGCAAUACAUGAGCAAGAGAAAUGUUUGCUCUGAUUCUGGCCACAUUCCACAUUUUGUAAUCCAAAGGAUGUAAAUAAAUUGAAACAAUAAUAAAUCCAGUUGUCUGUUUUGCUCA